AUGCCAACGGCCCUGCCAACCUUCGCUGAAACAACAGUUCCCACGCCAACCAUCGCCCAGACAACCGUCCCCACACCAACCGUGACCGAGACACCCGUCACAGAGACACCCGUCCCAGAGACUCCCAUUGCUGAAACAACGGUUCCCAUGCCAUCGGUCCACACGCCAACCGGACCCGAGACAACCCUCCCCACUCCAACCACCCCCAUGCCAACCAGCACCACGCCAACCGUCGCCAUGCCAACCGUCAUCCCCACGCCAACCAUCACCGAGACGAUAGUCGCCACGCCAACUGUCGCCAAAACAACGGUCCCCACGCCAACCGUUGCUGAGACAACGGUUCUCACGCACACCAUAGCCACGCCAACUGUCACUAAGACAAUGGUCCCCACGCCAACUGUUGCCAAGACAACCAUUGCCAAGACAACAGUCCCCAUGCCAACCGUCACCGAGACAACAAUCCCCAUAACAACUGUCGCUAAGACAACCGUCCCCAAACCGACCAUGGCCACGCCAACCGCCACUGAGACAACCGUCACAAAGACAACCAUCAGCAAGACAACCGUCGCCAUGUCAACCGUCCCGAUGCCAACUGUCGCCAUGACAACCGUCCCCACGCCAACCGUCGCCGUGUCAACCGUCGCCACGCCAACCGUCCCCGAGACACCCGUCACAGAGACACCCAUGGCUGAAACAAUGCUCCCUACGCUGAUGGCCCUAUACGCCAAACGGGCCGAAGACAACCCUCCCCACACCAACCACCCCCACACCAACCGUAGCUGA